GCGCCCACGUGCGCGCCAGAGCCCGGGCCUCCUGGGGAGCGAUUGGCCCUGCAGCACCGUAUACGGAAGGCUCUCUGCCUGCAUGGGGCUGGUAACGCCAAGGAACCGCGGGGUCGCUGAGAUAAGAGAACAAGACGCAGGACCCUGGCCCAGGGGUCCACCCAAGGACCAGGACUGGAGCCAGCGCCAACUCCUGCCCCGCGAGCGUCCCUGGCCACUUGUGGGCGGGCAGGUUCGCAGAGGGUGGGAGUUUUCCAAGGAGGCGGUCCCAAUGAAUGGGCGUUCCCAAGGGCGGGGCAUCCUGGGGGCGGGGCCGAGCGCCUGUGUUUGUUGCCCUGUGUCAGUUACAUUGUAACAAAAGUGGUGGGGCCGCCGCUCUGGCCAGCACCCUAGGCCCGCCCGCCAUCAGCUGUCGCCGACAUGGAACCUGUGGCUAGCAACAUCCAGGUCCUGCUGCAGGCGGCUGAGUUCCUGGAGCGCCGUGAGAGAGAGGCAGAGCAUGGCUACGCGUCCCUGUGCCCGCAUCACAGUCCGGGCCCCAUCCACAGGAGGAAGAAGCAACACCCGCAAGCUCCCGGAGCUCUGGACAGUGGGCGGUCUGUGCACAACGAGCUGGAGAAGCGUAGGAGGGCCCAGCUGAAGCGAUGCCUGGAGCAGCUGAAGCAGCAGAUGCCCCUGGGGACUGACUGUGCCCGAUACACCACAUUGAACCUGCUGCGUAGAGCCAGGAUGCACAUUCAGAAGCUAGAGGAACAGGAGCUGAGGGCUCGGCGGCUCAAGGAGAAGCUGCGCAGCAAACAGCGGAGCCUGCAGAGGCAGCUGGAGCAGCUCCGGGGGCUGCCAGUAGGUGAGAGGUUGCGAGCGGAUAGCCUGGACUCUUCAGGCCUCUCUUCUGAGCGCUCGGACUCAGACCAAGAGGAGCUGGAGGUGGAUGUGGAGAGCCUGGUGUUUGGGGGUGAAGCCGAGCUGCUGCGGGGCUUCAGCGCGGGCCAGGAGCACAGCUACUCGCACAGCACCUGUGAUUGGCUAUGAUGCUCACUACUCUGAUUGCCUUCUACUCACAAUGGGCUGAGCCCACCAGGCAGCCCAGAGGGCUGCUCAGAGGCAUCAGUUGGAAUGGACUGAAAGGACCCUCGUGUGGGAACAGCUACUCCCUGUAACCUGCUACUGGCUGCCAGGCAGUCCCCACCGGUUGGGAGGAGGCACCCAGAGCUCUGCAGGGCAGGCAGCUUGGGCCUGGGCUGCCUUUCCAGGCGUUUUUGUAGCACUUGGCUCUGCUGCUCCAGCAGGGGCAGGAAGCCUCUUGGACCCUCUUAUUCCUGAAUAAGGCCUCUGGCCUUUGCCCUACAUAUACUGUACAGUAUUUUCAUUAAAAGCAUCUUUCAUAA